AUGAUAACGGGGGCCACUUCGUCGUGUUACCCUAAUGGGACACAAGGGUUACCAAUAUAUGGGGUUCCUCAUCCUCAAGAAGUGGUUUCUUCCUCUCUUGAACUAAACCCAUCUGUUUCUUCUACCAAUCAUGCCAGUUCUUUCCUUUACAAUCUGUCUGUUCUUAAGGACAGGAUUCAUCAGGUGCAUUCACUGGGUAGCCUAUUUUUAACGUCAGAUCAUGGCCAGCCACCCGAGUCAACGACCAUAGCGUUGCCAACUAUCGGCACUUUAAUUCAAGAAAUCAUUGUUACUGCCUCAUCUAUGAUGUAUUCAUGCCAGCAGAUGGCCGUUGGUGGUGCACCACCACCCGCAAGCCCGAUAACUGAUGAGCUGCACCACCACCACCAGCAGACGGUGAUGAUAGAUGGCAGUGGUGGUGGAGGUGGUCGUGCCGGGCAUCAGGUGGAAUAUAGAGGGCAUCAAGAUUUCUAUUCCAAUGAUACAGUACUUGAUUGGUAUGGUGCUAACUACAAUAGUUGCAAUUCAACUGAUACUCCUAGGAAAUCUAUUGCUGUAACUAGUAAUAGUACUGAAGUUUGUAGAAAGGAAAUUCCUCAGAAAACAGAAACUAAUGAAGAAUUAGUGGGGCUUUCGCCGAAUAAUUGUGAUAUCGUUGAACUAGAUGCUGCAGAUUUACUGGCAAAAUACACACAUUAUUGCCAAGUGUGUGGCAAGGGGUUUAAGAGGGAUGCAAAUUUGAGAAUGCACAUGAGGGCUCAUGGAGAUGAGUACAAGUCCAGUGCUGCAUUAAUCAAUCCCAUGAAAAGGAAAGGGAAUUCAAUUGGAACGGAUGGAUUAAACAAAUUGCCAAGAAAAUAUUCGUGUCCACACCAAGGUUGUAGGUGGAACAAGAGUCACAAGAAAUUUCAGCCCUUGAAAUCCAUGAUUUGUGUCAAGAAUCACUACAAAAGAAGCCAUUGCCCCAAAAUGUACGUCUGUAAACGAUGCAACAGUAAGCAGUUUUCUGUACUCUCUGAUUUGCGGACUCACGAGAAGCAUUGUGGAGAUCAGAAAUGGCAGUGUUCUUGUGGAACCACUUUUUCCAGAAAGGAUAAGCUUAUGGGUCAUGUAUCCUUGUUCGUAGGGCACACACCAGCGAUCAAUUCGUUGUCCAGGUUGGGAAAUGGAGCUCAGAACGCAAUGCAAAAUCGAUUAAAUGAUAGGUAA